AUGUCUGAUGCCGAAGAAGACACGUUGGACGAGGAAGAGCAGGAUGCUCAGGAACCUGUAGAAGACGCUAGUGAAGAUGAUGAGGCUGGAGAGAAGGAGGAUAAGGGAGAAGAGAAGGCUGAGGGAGAAGAUAAGGAUAAGGAAGAAGAGAAGGCAGAAGGAGAGAAGGAUAAGGGAGAAGAGAAGGAAGAAGAAGAAGGAGAGGAGAAGGAGGAGCCAGAAAAAGAAGAGCCUCCUCCCCACGUGCCGCUAACUGAAGAAAUGCUGAAGAAAGGAUUGUCUCUUCUGUGUAAGACAGGAAACGGUCUUGCUCAUGCAUUCGUUAAACUGGAAGUUAAAGAUAAAGAGAUCACGGACAUCUCAAUCCUGCAAUCGUUCAUACAUUUACGUUAUGUGGAUCUGUCCCAGAAUGCUCUGCAGGAUCUCAAUGCUUUGGGUGCCCUCACUCAUCUCCUGAGCCUAUGUGUAGAUCAGAAUCAGCUGUCUAGUGCCAACGGGCUGGGGGAACUACCCUACCUGCAAAAAGCCAGCCUGGCCUCCAACAACAUACAGAACCUGCAGGGGCUUGGCCACCCAAGGCUGGAGUCUCUCAACCUCAUAGGAAAUAAACUGCGUACAUUGGAGAGUCUCAACUGCAUUAAGCUUUACAGUCUGCACGCUCUGGAACUACGAGCCAAUCAGCUGGAGAGCACAGCCGGGCUUUACCUGCCUAACCUGCGUAACUUAUACUUGGCACAGAAUAACCUAAAGACGCUGGAAGGAUUGGAGCACCUCGUAAGUCUCACCAGCCUUCACCUAAGAGACAACCAGCUGGAGAACCUGGACGGCUUCUCUGAGAAGAUGGAGGCUCUUCAAUACCUGAACCUCCGAGGUAAUCUGGUGUCCAAGUUACAGGAAGUGGAGAAGUUAAAAGUUCUGCCCAUGCUACGAGCGUUGGUGCUGAGGGAGAACCCCGUGGAAGAGGAAGACGGUUACCGCCUGGAAUCGCUGAUCGCUCUGCCAAACCUGGAGAGACUCGAUAAAGAUUUAUUUGAGGAAGAAGAGAGGACAGAAGCUGCAGAGACCAGGAAAGCCCGGCUGGAGGAAGGACUGAAUACAGAACAGGGAGGCGGCGGAUAGGAUUGGGGUG